AUGGCUCAGAGAUGGUUCCACAACUUGAAAAGCAGCUCCAUCUACUCUUAUGGGGACUUAUACCUCAUGUUUAUGCGACAGUUUGCUAGUUCCAAGAGAACGGGAAAGACCGCUAUAUCUCUGAUGGAUGUCAAACAGGAACCGCAUGAAUCGCUAAGGGAGUAUGUGGCUAGGUUCAACAUGGCCGUGCUAGAUACACCAGAGGCAGAAUCACAGAUCAAAUGUUACGCGUUCGUCCGAGGAUUAAAGCAAGGUCCCCUUUUCGACGCAUUACAAAUUACACCGCCUAAGGAAUUUGACAACAUCAUGGCCAUACUACCAGGAUACCUGCAAUUGGAGGACGCUAAGGCCGCACGAAGGGCCAAAGCCGAUAAACUCCGCGUGAAGAAAGGUGACAACGGGAUGCAUCCCAGCGAUAAACACUCUCAGAGAACACCAUACAAGGGCCUACCACCAAGGAUACCAGCCAUGGCAGUCGAGACCAGGUCUCCUUCCCCAGGACCUGCGCAGACUGAUCGGCGUAACAAAGGCAGUGACAUACAGGAACGCCAUCCGUUGAACAUGCCUGCUGACGAAAUCUUCCAUCUUGUCAAAGACGAAACUUGGUUCCGAGCCCCGUGGAACUACACCCGUGGUAAUCCCAAACCAGGGAAGAAUGACUUGUUGUGCGAAUACCAUAACGCUUAUGGACACACAACCGCGAAUUGCGGACACUUUAUGAACCAGUUGGAGAUAUUGGUGAGACAAGGUCGGUUGGAAAAAUUUAUUGCUGGACCUCCGAAGAAGAUGAACAGAGAACGGCACAACCGUAAUCAUGAUAAUCACAGACGCGACGAGAGGGAGAUGAGGAAUGGAGCGGAUGACAGACGCGAAGGAGAACUAAGGAAUGAAAUACCAGAGCGACCACCUUUCCAAAGGGAAAUUCAUAUGAUCGUUGGAGAAAAUGGUACGCCUACAUCAAACAGAGCGAAUAAACAAAUUGUCAGGGCUGUGAGAACAUGA